CGUCAAUAUUUUCUUACUACUUCAUCACCGCGCUCUUUGUAUCUAGUGCCUAAACCUUGUUAUAACCACUCCUAGGAAACAUGGCAGACUGUUCGAGCCCUCAGGCUGAUGGACCAGUCAACCUGCUUGCGCUUGAUGGCGGCGGUAUACGCGGUCUAUCGGAGCUACUAAUCCUCCACGAGAUCAUGAAACGAAUGAAACAUGACCUGGAACUUGUGGAGCUACCUCGCCCUUGUGAAUACUUUCAUCUCAUCGGUGGCACUAGCACUGGCGGGCUCAUCGCCCUCCUUCUUGGCCGAUUCUGCAUGUCUACCGAAGAAGCUCUACGUGUCUAUAACUCUUUAGCCGGCUCAAUCUUCUCCAGUGACAACAAAAAGUACAUAUUCCAGGAUGGGACUUUCAAAGCGUCAACGCUGGAGAGAGCAGUCCGCGGACUCACUAGUCAAAAGGGAGCUGGUGACUUUAUGGAGGACGUAUCGUGCGAGAACAAGAUGGGAAAAGCCUUCGUGUGCGCAAUGUCAGCAAGAAACAUGGCUCAUCCGCGGCUCUUCCGGACCUACCAUGUACGAGAGAAUGCAAGCGCCAAUUGUCAAAUCUGGGAGGCAGCCCGCGCUACUACAGCUGCGCCCAUAUUUUUCAAACGGAUUGCCAUCGGCGAAGAAGGUCAAACCAAGGAGGAGUUUAUUGACGGGGGAAUAAGGUGCAAUAAUCCGGCCGAUGAAGUCCUAGAGGAGGCUAGGAAGGUCUUCGGGGAAGAAAGAGCAUUCAAUUGCCUUGUCAGCAUCGGAACAGGCCAUCCUGGAGUAAUCGGCUUAUCCAAGCCGGACGGAUUCCAAAGGCUACUUCCUACGAAGUUAAUCCACACUCUAAAGCAAAUCGCCACAGACUGCGAGCAGAAAUCACACGAGAUUAGCACGCGGUUCCAAAAUGCACCUGACCUAUAUUUCCGUUUCAGCGUGGCAUAUGGGCAAGGUAGUAUCUCGCUGGAAGAAUGGAAGAAAAUGUCAGAGGUCCAAACACAUACCUCAGCAUAUUUGAAAGAAAUUAGCGUUUCCAGUAGCCUAAACACAGUCGUGAAGCUACUUUGCCAGCCUCGUACGAAUGGCCCUACCUUACGAUCUAUAACCGUUGUACUUUCAAGUCUUCCACGAGGCCAAGAAGUCCGAGUGCCAAUUAGAACCAGAGCUAGGUCGAGUCCGAACUUCACUGGCCGAUUGCAAGUCUUGGAAAAGUUGAAAAACUUCUUCGGUACUCAAGUGCAAGAAAAAAAUAUUCAGAGAAGAGAGUUUCUCUUAUACGGGAUGGGUGGCGCUGGUAAGACACAAAUUGCAUUGAAAUUUGCCGAAGAAAGCACCGAGUGCUUCAAAAACAUCUUUUGGAUCGAUAGUAGCAAUGUGGCUACGAUUAAGCAAUGCUAUAAAGAUAUAGCAGCAGAGAAACGCCUAGGCGAUUCCAAAGGAGAAGCCUCCGUCGAGUCCGCGCUCCAAUGGCUAGAUACUACAAGUGAGCAAUGGUUGUUGCUGUUCGAUAACGUGGAUGAUUUUGAGGUAGCUUCAAACCUUAUACCUAAAAGAGACAAAGGAAACAUCCUCUAUACCAGCCGUAAUCCUGAGAUCCAGUAUUCUCUGCCCCCGGAAGCCUAUUGCGAAGUGGGCGAGAUGGACCAGCACGAGGCCUUGGAGCUCCUUGCCAAAACCAACCGCUCACCCAGGAUCCUCGAGGAGAGAGAAAGCGCACAGAAGAUCGUGGAAGUCCUCGGGGGGCUACCACUAGCAAUCGACCAAGCCGGAGCUUAUAUGGCUACUCGCGUCUGUACUAUUAAAGAGUAUCUCCACCUGUUUAGGAGCCAGCGUACAACGUUGAUGAGGAACCAAUCCUACCAACGCGCGUCCUCGCAUGACCAAGCCGUGUAUGCGACUUGGGAAAUCUCCUACACCGCAAUAGAGAGACAAGCCCAAGAUGAAGAGGCGGAGGAAGCGAGACGUCAAACGCUAAAAGCUGCUCUACAGCUUUUAGGACUCUUUGCCAUGUUCCAUCGGGAGGGUAUCAUGAAAGAUAUUUUUCGACGAGCUACGAUUUCCGGUAGAUUAAAUCCCGAUGAAACAAAGGGCAGUUCUCCCAGCAACAGCGCACCUUCUAUUAAUAUACCCAGCGGCCUUUUUACUUGCGACAAUAACGGUGAAUGGAAUACAUACUUUUUUGGCGAGGCGAUUCGCGAACUUCUCAAAUUCUCUUUGAUUAGAACGGACGGCUCUGGGACAGUUUUUUCCAUGCACCCUUUAGUACACUUCUGGGCUCGGGAUCGGCUAUCUCCUUCCACGCAGGAGAAUUUCCUAGAGAACGUGAGGAUGAUAUUAUCGUCCUGUAUUACAUGGGAAUUCACGAGCGAGGACUACACGUUUCGACGAAAACUACUCCCACAUAUUACCCAAUGCAUAGAAGGUGAUACCUACCUCGAUAUUCCUAGCGCAGUUAAGGCUGCGAGAUUUGCGUUAGUCUUUUCAGAGGCUGGAUCUUGGAAGGAGGCGGAAGAGCUAGAGGUGCAGGUGAUGGAGACGAGUUNGAGGGUGCUAGGAUAGGAGCAUCCUUCCACGCUGACUAGUAUAGCAAAUCUCUCGUGGACCGUUGUUAUGGACCGCAGGGGAAAUCAACGGCUCGAGUUAACCGUGCCCAAUGGUUGAAGGUUCGCGGGGCUCUCGCUUCAAUUACUCCUGAAGCAGCUUAGCGCUGCCACAGCAGUAAGCACUUACUACGUAAGUGCCCGCCACCCAAGCGUCC